UAUUUAUUUAGCGAUGUGAUAUUUUUCAUUAAAUUUUAACUUCUAUCCUUUUUUUUUCGUUUGAUAGUCUUAUAUCGAAAUUCACUUCUAUCGUAAAUAAAUUGAUAUAGUAACGUCCGCGCUCCGUGCGCGGAUUGUACCAUACUAUUUUAAUGACUUGAAAAAGAGAAAAAUAAGGACAAGUGGUUAAAUUAAAAAACAAACGAACCCGGGUCUUACGGUAAAGGAUCCGAGUUAAUCACCUCUCUCUUCCAAAAAUACAAAAUCCCCAAAAUUUGUUAAAUCCCUAACCCUAAAAAAAAACCUAUAAAUUUCCUUCAUCUUCUUGAGAUUUGAUCUCUUUUGUUACAAAUUUUCGUUUUUGAUGGUGGAAAUUUUCAAGAAUUUGUUGAUGAUUACUUCUUUAUCAUCUCCAAUAAGGGAGAUUUCAAUUUCUUCUUCAUUUUGCUUUGCAUCUUGUAAAGAAGGUUGGUAUUAUCGUUCUAUUGGUGUUGAUCCUUGAACCAUUCAUUACGUAAACAUAAUUUGGCCUACGUACCAGAGAAACUCUGUUUUCGUGGCUUCGUAGGCCUUAUAGAUUGAAACUGUUAUUAUUUUUGUUUAUUUGUAACGAAUUUGAGUGUAAUUAACAAGAUGGUGCUUUAUAAGACGAAGAAGAUUCAGGCUGGGAAAGGGAAUCGGUUGUUGAUUAGUAUAACUGUUGUUGGGAGUGCUGGGCCGAUUCGUUUUGUUGUUAAUGAAAAGGAGCUUGUGGCUGAUGUUAUCGAUAUCGCGUUGAAAAAUUAUGCUCGUGAGGAGAGACUCCCUGUUCUUGGAUCAAAUUUUAAUAAUUUUGUGCUCUAUUGCCCAACCGCGGUAACAGAAGAUUUGAGUCCAUGGGAGACAAUUGGAUCACUUGGUGUUCGUAACUUUGUGCUGGUCAAAAAGCCGCAGUCCGAGAAUCCAAUUCUUAAUGGGAAACAACAGCGAAUUCUUGAUGGGAAACAAGUAGUUAUGGCUCGGAAGGGAUCUGGAAGUUGGAAGGCAUGGUUCAAUAAAUCACUCAGUCGCAAGAUAGUUUCAUACUGAAUUCACAGAGUCGACAUGAAGUAAUCUAUAAUUCUUGUUGUUUUUUUUCUAUUCUUUUUUCAUGUCUCUAUGUUUGAUCUUCUUGGUGUUUUCGUAAUGAGAAAUUAAACGUUUUAUCAGUUCUUUAGCUUUGUAGUCUGUUGAAAUCAGUCGUUCGAAUAAAGCUUGGAGUCACUGUCAAGCCCUACUUGUUAUAUUCAAGUUAAAAUAGAUAUUGAUUGAUUGUUACUA